AUGACAGAGUUUGAGACAUUGACUUGUGUGAGGUUUGUGCCUCAUACAACAGAAAACGAUUAUCUCAACAUUUCACCUGAAGUUGGCUGUUACUCAUAUAUUGGAAGAAUUGGUGGCAGGCAGACAGUAUCAUUGGGUGGUGGCUGCGUCUAUAUGGGGAUUAUACAACAUGAACUAGAACAUGCCCUGGGCUUCUACCAUGAGCACACCAGAAGUGAUCGUGACAAUUAUAUUGACAUCAAUUUCCAGUAUAUCUCUGAAGGAUACCAGGGUGAUUUUGCUAAAGUGGACACUAAUAACCUGGGCAGUCCAUAUGACUACGGUUCAGUGAUGCAUUAUGAUGCCUAUGCAUUUUCUAACACCUCAAACAAACCCACAAUUGUCCCCAAGCCUGACCCCAAUGUGCCUAUUGGGCAGACAAUUGGACUGAGCGUCUUGGAUGUCCUUAAAAUUAACCUACUUUAUCAAUGCAGUGUCUGCGCUACUUUGCUUAAUAAUAACACAGGAAUUUUCACAUCUGCCAACUAUCCCCUUGCUUAUCCUGAUAAUGUUAACUGCGUUUGGUUGAUCAGGGCCACAUCAGGGCAGGCUUCACUAAAUUUCAGUAGCUUUAAUAUCCAGUCCACUCCUAACUGCGAAUCUGACUACAUGAGGAUCUAUGAUGGUCCCUCUAAGUACUCCCCUGUGUUGCUGGAUAAAAUGUGCGGCAGUAAAACCGUCCCUCGACUCAUCGCUUCCACAAGCCAUAUGCUGGUUGAGUUUGUCAGUGACGGGGCUGUUGGUGGGGUCGGCUUCCAAGCUACAUAUAGCUCAGUUCAGUGUGGAGGAACCUUCUUUAACUCUCAAGGCAGCUUUACAUCUCCAGGUUACCCAGGGAACUACAGUCCAUACAUGAACUGUAACUACACCAUCACAGCUCCUGUUGGAUAUAAGAUUGCUCUGACCAUCAGUGAUUUCCAUCUAGAGUAUGUCAUAUCCUGUACAUAUGACUAUCUAAAAGUCUUCAUGGAUGGUCGACAAAAGGGUCCAUAUUGUGGUGAUAUCAGCGUCCCUGUGUUGUACUCCAAAGGCAAUUCUAUGGUUCUCGUAUUCCACAGUGACGAAUCUGUCCAGGCGAAGGGCUUCCAGGCCUCUUACACCUUCUGUGAGUAG